AUGGACGCCGACCAGAGGCCGCCGCGGCGCGGCGCCUACAUCUGCGGCGCGUUCAUCCACCUCCUCGUCUCCGCCGCCCUGGUGGCCGUCGCCUACCGUUUCUCCGGCGCCCAGGGCGCCGCGUGGUCCCUCGGCGCGGUAUUCCUUAGCUGCCUCGCCGUCCCCGUCGUCAUGCGGCGGCGCCCGGGCAUCGCCGCACCCGACGCCGGUGGAGCGGCGGCCAGCGACGGCAGGAGGGAGCUCCCGCCUAAGUUCACGUUCAAGAGGGACGUCCGGGCCGCGGAGGCGCAAUGCAGCAUCUGCCUCGGCCCGGUCCGCGAGGGGGAGAAGGUGCGGCGGCUGCCGGCGUGCGGGCACCUCUUCCACGCCCGCUGCGUCGACAAGUGGUUGCGCGCGCACCCUACAUGCCCGCUCUGCCGCGCCGCCGUCCACGCUGCUGCCCGGCGGCCGGAGGUCUGA